AUGCCGUCUAAUAACCCGCGUCAACUGAACCUGGGCAACUUGAUCCCGAAGAUCCUAACAGCCACCUUCGUCCUCGUCUUGGCCAUCCUGUAUGCCCACACGUAUCAUCUAGGUCCCAGCGAGAUUGGUGCACCACUGCUGUCACGACAAUACACACCGCCGUCAGAAACAACGGUGCGCAUCUGUACGGCACUCCACUCACUCCGCGCACUGGAGCCGGACCGGCCGUCCAGUGCCCCAACGCCAUUCGACUUCUUCCAUCUAGACGCACGUGCAGCACCUUUUCAUCCACCCAGAGACGCGGCCCGCAUAGGCUCCAAGAACCACCAGGCCGUCAUCAAGGCUGUCGUGAAGGCCGGCCGGGAAAACAGGGAGAUGCUUGACCAGUCUUUGUGGAGAGGGGGCGGUAGCAGCAGUGCAGGCCAAGAGCUGGCCAAGGCAGAGCUUGCGGAUCGUGCGAGUUGGUUUGUCACAGACAUGCUGAUUGAUGAUGAAGCACGGACGUACUUCCUAGAGCACAUCCAGCCGAGACUGAACAAGCUGCGGACCGCCAUAGAUGCCAUUGAGGGCCUGUGUGGCCAGAUGUGGAGGGAGAGAGGAUGGGAGUUGUGA